AUGUCGGGUUCGAGAUCACUUCUCAAUCAUUUCCGGAAGCUUACAAUAGAACAGUCGAGAGGUUUGGUUCGUCCACCAAAAAAUCUGCCAAUCCGUGGGGUUUACAGGUUCGGCUGAAUGCGAUUUUUAAAAUUGUCUGAGUUUUUUUCAGGAAAGAUGGCGAAACUGUGAGACAGGGCGAUCUCUUAGUAUGUCAAUUCAGAAUGAACUAUCACCCGGGAUUGAAUGUAAGUUUUAAUAAAUAAACAUGGAGAAAAACGCUUUUGUUUUUUUUGUAAUUUUUUUCAGGUUUACUAUGAAAAAUGA